GGCAGUUCGUAGUCGAUUAUGUGUAUAAAUUAUAGCUGCCAUUAAUGAGAAUUUGAGCAUAUCAGUCAUAUACGCACACAUCUGUAGUCUACUAGUCUUCUCUACAUUUAAAAUGUUGGAUGCUUUCCGGAACUGUAAAAUUAUCUAUCCGCCAAGGUUAAACCUUUCCUCUUACAACCCCUCCUGUCACAUGAUGGACUUCAUCCUCCAUCACAUGAACUCUGUAUUGGUUGAAAACCUAUCUUUCAGAAGUGCAUCCCCCUCCUAUCACCCCUACAUUCUGCGUUUAUACUUUGGCAUUCUCUUCUGGAUCCAGUCUUUACGCGCUGGUUUCCAUGUUUCUGCCCUUUCAUGCGACCAACACCAAUUCUUGACCCUUUUCCUCUCCAACAACCCGCCGGAGACUUUACCCAUCGCCAGCCCUCUGCUUCUCCUCUUCAAAACACUCUGUUCUUCACGACCCGAGCUUUCCAACUACGGGAAAGUCUACCCACGCCUCCCUGUAAAUCCCGGCCCGGAGAGGAGAAGUCAGUUUUUGAAAGAUUCCUUGGAGAGUUACUUUCUCCCGAACAUCCCGGGAAUCUUUGCCCUUCUGGAGCACUUGAAUGGGGAGGUCAACGGUCAAGAACCGCGAUACCCGGCAAAGGGUGACCAUUUCCCGGUGAGGGAAGGUGCCGGUGAAUCCGUUCUUUUCGGCCACCACAGUUUCCCGGUGGUGGAAGAAAGGACUGAGUUUGAGAAGUGGAGCUUGAUCUCCCCUGGCCUGCAGUACCCCUGCGAGGCCGACCGGAAGCUAAACGAAGCAUUUGCCGAGCGCUACGAUGACUUUGACUUUCCGGCCACCGCCGCCGACGAUGAUCUGAGUAAAUACAACAGCUAUUUCAGCAUGAAAGACUCGAUGGCUUGGUUUGUUCAAGUCAAGAACGUCGGUGGAGUUGUUGCCGGGUUCUUUGAAGGGUCUGGAACAUUGGCUGAUUGCGAACCGUCGUGUGACGGCGGCUGGAUGGUAGCUAAUCAAAUAACCGUUGAGAUUAUCAGAGGAGGAAUUGCGCCGCCGCCGGCCCCUACCCAGUCUGCUGACGUAAGGUCGCUUUAUGAAUUUAGUUUCAAGCUGGAGACUUGUGCCCGGAAAUUGCCGCCGCUUGCGGAGGCUGUCGCUGCCUGCGCCCAGACUCACAUUAGGAUGUUCGGCGAUCACCCUAUGUUCGCCGGCUUCGGAGAAGUCAAACCGAGGGAUGGACCGUUGUGGGAAAUCCGGCCAAUUGAAUCUAGCGCUGUCGACAGAUCAUCUUACCUGUCAAUUGGGACAGUGGUGGCAAGAAUGAUGAAGACGAACAGCCCGGCUUGAUUUGUUCUUUUUUCACAUAAAAUUAAAUCAAAUUUAAAUACUCCGUAACAAAUACCUUCCAAAACAAUUAAACAAGUAUGGCCGGCUAAUGAAUACCUUCCAAAACAAUUAAACAAGUAUGCAUUGCACGGAAAAAUAUUUCUAAUAAAAAAAAAUUAUAAAAAGAAAUAUUUAAAAAUUUUGACGAAAAAUCAAUUCUUUAAGGCAAUAUAUAUGUCAAUAUAUCAUAAAAUCACAAAAUUAAUUGUGACUAAACAAAUUUCAAUGUAUAACAUAAUGUAUAUGGAGUAUGUUUUUGAAUUGUAUUUGUGUACAUUGGACUGUUUUUGAAACGAAUUUUAUAGUUUCAAAACAACCCAAUGUACACAAAUAGACUUCACUUGUCCGGCUUGUAUAUAAAAAUAAAUAUAACUAUGGUUUCUCACAUGAAUGAUAAUCAUUCAUCUUCUGCUUCUCAUUAUGCAAUUUGACAUCUUGUUCUCCACAAUUUUAAUUAAGGUUCUAAUAAAUUAAGGUUCUCUC